AUGGCGACGUGUCAUAAUGACGAGGGCUGGCGCGUUGUAUCGCGCACCCGCCCCUUCGACCUCACGCCAUGCUUCGAGGAAGGCAUACUGCUGUCGGCGCUCUUAGCCAUUGUGCUCGUCUCAGGGCUCUUUAAGACGCUCAAGGCAUGCCUGCAGAAGGCGCAGGAACGGAAGAGGACGAGCCGGAUGGUCUUGGGCGCUAAAUUAAUUCUGCUUCUGGGUGCCUUGGGGCUGAGCGCGGCGAGCGCUAUAUUGCUGGCCUUGCGGCAUAUCAGCGUCGCGGUCCGGCAGGUCUACAUCCUGGAGCCCAUCGCGCUCGCAUCCGCGAUCCUCCUCACCUACUUCAACCACACGCGUUCGCGGGUGUCGUCGACGACGCUGCUGCUUUUCUGGCCCGCUUACACCACUGCUCUCGGGCUGUGGCUGCGCACGGCGCUCUCCCUGCACCCAUUCGCCGACGUCCGCGUUCUGGUCUCGCUCAAAGCGGGGACGCUCGCGUGCGGCUUGCUUUCAUGCGUUCUGGAAUGCUGGCGGCCCGAAUUCGACGUCCCGCCGAAGAUAGAUGAGGUUACUGGCCACCAGGAGCACCCCCUUACGACGGCGAAUGUGUACAGCAAAUUGUUUUUCAGCUGGAUGACGCCGCUGAUGCGCAAGGGCGCGACGGAGUACAUCACCGAGGAGGACCUGCCCGCACUCAAGCCCGCGGACGAGUCCCGCAACCUCGGCAACACGCUCGCCGGGCACCUCGCGCGCGGCCGCUCGCUGUGGGUCGCGCUCUUCCUGUCGUACGGUGGCCCCUACGCGGUCGCGGCGUGCCUCAAGGUCGUGCAGGACUGCCUGAACUUCUUGCAGCCGCAGUUGCUGCGCUGGCUGCUGGCGUACAUCUCCGAGUAUCAGCGUGCGGUUGUGCUCGGUGCGGGUAGUGAGGCGCCGACGGAGGCAGAGGGGUUCCUCAUUGCGAUCAUAAUGUUUGUGGCGGGGAUGGCGCAGACGAUUAUCUUGAACCAGUACUUCCAGCGGACGUUUGAAACGGGCAUGCGCGUCCGCGCCGGCCUCGUCACCGCCAUCUACGAAAAGGCGCUGCGCAUCUCGAACGACGAGCGCAGCCGCGCGUCCGGGGACAUCGUGAACCUCAUGAGCGUGGACGCGACGCGGAUGCAAGAGUUGUGCGGCUACGGGCUUAUCGCAAUCAGCGGACCAUUGCAGAUCACGCUCGCAUUCAUCUCGUUGUACAACAUCCUUGGGUGGUCAGCGUUUGUGGGCGUGGCGAUCAUGGUUGUGUCGUUGCCGCUGAAUACUUUCAUUGCCUCAAUCCUGAAGCGCAUGCAAGAGAAGCAGAUGAAGAACAGGGAUCAGCGUACGCGACUCAUGAGCGAGUUGCUUACGAACAUCAAGAGCAUCAAGCUCUACGCAUGGGAGUUCGCCUUUAUGCGCAAAAUUCUCGAAGUGCGCAACAACCUCGAGAUGAAGAUGCUCAAGCGGAUCGGCAUCGUCACGUCCCUCAGCAACACCCUGUGGAGUGGAAUCCCGCUUAUUGUCGCCUUGAGUUCUUUCGCUACUGCCGCUGCAGUGUACCCGAAGCCCUUGACUGCGGAUAUCAUCUUCCCGGCGAUGUCGCUGUUCAUGCUACUGCAGUUCCCGCUGGCUAUGUUCGCGCAAGUUACAUCCAAUAUCAUCGAGGCUGUCGUGUCCGUCAAGCGUCUGUCGAGCUUCCUGAAUGCGGAUGAGCUGCAGACGGAUGCACGGGUGGUAGCAGAGAGGCCGAACUUGCAGGUCGGAGAUGAGGUCUUGAGCAUCAAGCACGCCGACUUUUCGUGGUCCAAGGACGCUGUGCAGCCCACCCUCGAGGACAUCAACCUUACCGUGCGUAUGGGCGAGCUAGUCGGUGUCCUCGGCCGCGUUGGACAGGGCAAGACGAGUUUGCUGAGUGCAAUCGUGGGCGAAAUGACCCGCCGCGAGGGUGAAGUGCUGGUGAACGGCGCCGUGGCGUAUGCGCCGCAGAAUCCUUGGAUCUUGUCAGCCACCGUGCGGGAGAACAUCCUCUUCAACCAUGUCUACGAGGAAGAUUUCUAUAACUUGGUCGUGGAAGCCUGCGCAUUGAAGCCUGACCUGGCACUUCUGUCGGAAGGUGAUAUGACGGAGGUCGGCGAGAAGGGAAUCACGUUGAGCGGCGGUCAGCGCGCUAGGGUUGCUCUUGCCAGGGCUGUCUACGCUCGGGCUGACUUGACCCUCCUUGACGAUGUGCUUGCCGCUGUCGAUAGCCAUGUUGCUAGACAUCUGUUCGAUCAUGUCAUCGGCCCCCGCGGCAUUCUUGCGAACAAGGCUCGCAUACUGGUCACAAACAGCAUCGCCUUCAUCAGCCAGUUUGACCACAUUGCGUUCAUCCGCCGCGGUAUCAUCCUCGAGCAGGGGACGUACCCGGAGCUGAUCAGCAAUGAGGAGAGUGAGAUUAGUCGGCUUGGUCUGUCCUCUAAAAUCGUUCAUAGUCGCGGACAUGGAGUCGGACAUGCGUCCGGCACGUCGACCCCGUAUGUCACUACACGGGCAAGCAGCGCCACACCCACGGAAGAUGGCAGCACCUUGGUGGAGGACGACAAGCGCGCGUCCAUCUUGUCCGAGAAGCUCCAGCGUGAGGCCCCUCGCAGCUUCACCAAGGCGAUGGUGGUGGUCCCGUCAGCGCGCGCCGCGAGCAAGACCGGUCUGACCAAGGAGCAUUCGGAGAAGGGUCGCGUGAAGUUGCGGGUGUACCAAGAGUACAUCAAGGCCGCGUCGCGUUGGGGCUUCUGGCUCUUCAUCCUCGCUACGAUCUUGCAGCAGGCGGCGUCGGUAUUGUCGACGCUCGUCCUUCGGAGCUGGAGCGAGCAUAAUGAGGAGGGCGGCGCGGAUGCUAAUGAUGCGGUGUGGUUCUACUUGGGCAUAUACGGCGCGUCGACGCUGUUGACGAUCCUGUUGAAUUUUGCCGCUGUGCUGUUGAUGUUUGUGACUUGCGGGAUGCGCAGUGCGAAGAGGAUGCACGAUGCGAUGCUGGAUGGGUUGAUGCGCGCGCCGUUGAGCUUCUUCGAGCUGACGCCGACGGGGCGUGUCCUGAACCUGUUCUCGCGUGACACCUACGUCGUCGACCAGGUGCUGCCGCGCUUGCUAGGCAUGACUUUCAGGACCUUCGCGACUUGCCUUGCUAUCCUCGUGGUCAUUGGCGUGAGCUUCCCGCCGUUCUUGAUCGCGGUUAUACCUCUUGGCUGGUUCUACUCUCGGGUCAUGACAUACUACCUUGCCACCUCUCGCGAGCUCAAGCGUCUCGACGCUGUCUCUCGCUCGCCCAUCUUCGCCUGGUUCUCCGAGUCUCUUGCGGGUCUGCCCACGAUCCGUGCUUUCCGCCAGGAGCGCAUCUUCGUCAUCGCCAACCAGCAGCGCAUCGACCGCAACCAGAUGUGCUACCUGCCGAGCGUGUCGGUGAACCGGUGGCUGCAGGUGCGCCUGGAGGGCAUUGGCGCGGCGAUCAUCUUCCUUGUCGCGCUGCUGGCGCUUUCUGCGCUGAUCACUACGGGCGUGGAUGCGGGACUGGUUGGUUUGGUGCUGUCGUAUGCGCUGAACACGACGUCGAGCUUGAACUGGGUCAUUCGCUCCGCGAGUGAGGUCGAGCAGAACAUCGUCAGCGUGGAGAGGAUUAUGCACCAGAUCGAGGUUCCUUCCGAGGCGCCCUAUGAGAAGCCGGAGAACAAGCUCGAGGACUGGCCGAAGGCGGGCAAGGUCGAGUUCAGGCAUUACUCGACGAGGUAUCGCCCGGAGUUGGAUCUGGUAUUGAAGGAUAUCAAUGUCGUUAUUGAACCGAAGCAGAAGAUUGGGAUUGUCGGGCGUACGGGGUCUGGGAAGAGUUCGUUGUUGCUCUCGCUUUUCCGCGUCAUUGAGCCGGUUGAGGGCACCAUCCUCAUCGACGAUGUCGAUGUAACGAAGAUCGGGCUGCAUGAUUUGCGUUCAAACAUCUCCAUCGUUCCUCAAUCGCCUGAUCUAUUCGAGGGUACGCUGAGAGAGAAUAUCGACCCUGUCGGCGAGCAUCAAGAUGCGGAUAUCUGGGUGGCCCUUGGUCAGGCACACCUGAAAGAGUAUGUCGAGUCUCUGCCAGGCAAGCUCGACGCUCCCGUGCGCGAAGGCGGACAAUCCUUGUCGUCGGGCCAGCGACAGCUGUUGUGCUUUGCGCGCGCGCUGCUGAGGAAGUGCAAGAUCCUGGUCCUCGACGAGGCGACGUCGGCGGUGGAUUUGGACACGGACCAGGCCAUCCAGGAGAUUAUCCGUGGGCCUGCGUUCCAUGAUGUGACGAUUUUGACGAUUGCGCACCGUCUGAACACGAUCAUGGAGUCCGACCGUAUCAUGGUCAUGAGCGAUGGGCGGGUCGCGGAGAUUGACACGCCACAGAAUUUGCUCGCCAAGGGAGACUCGCUGUUCUACUCCUUGGCGAACGAGGCGGGGCUUGUUGAUGCGAAGGUAAAGGUGGAGGAGACGAAGGAGGGGCAAUAG